AUACAAAUAGCUGAGCUUGGCCUUUGUUGUUGGCUCUUCCUUUAGCGCCCAUUCCCCUCUAACCCUACCCCUACACCUAUCCACACCCACACGCCCCCAAAAAUAGUCUGAGAGGGAAAGCAUCAAGGGAAAAAUGGGCAACGCAACUUGUAACAGGCAACCAGCAACAUCAGAAGGAGCAACAGCAACAGCAACAGCAACACCGAACAGCCAUAUAGCCAAGAACUAACGGUAAUAACCGAAGUGAAAAGGACCAGGCCGAAGGCUGAGUCGUUCGGUUUCCACGGCAACUUCGUCGGGGCGCACAACAAAAGGAUAAGCCAAGCCAAAGUCCUCGGGACGGCAAACUAGUCAGCAAGUCAAGCCGGAGCUCAGUUGCAACAGCGCAACGCAUUCACCCAGACGCACGCCACUCGGCCAGGCUAGCCAGUCGGUGUUACCAUUGCUGUUACCGUUAUCGCGAUUCGCGGCCAAAAAAAAAAAGCAACUAAAAGUUACGGAAAUAGUCUUGCCUUGGCCAUCGAUCGUUAAAAAAGCUAAGGCAGUGCAAGAAAUAUAUAUAGAAAUGACAGGUUUUCUUGAAAAAUAAGAUCUUAAGAAAAAGGAUUUUAAGAAAAAACUAUUUUUUGAAAACAGUAUUAAGGAUAUCUGAGUUACAAGUUAGGAUAAAUCCUAUAAAAGUGUUGCUAGAAAUUUAAACACUUCAUUUACCAACAAAAUAUAAUAUACAGGUUUAAAUUUAAUUUAGUUUUUCUAGAGUUUUAAAUCAAGUUUUAAAAUGGUGUUUAAAUAAAAACUAAAAAAAAAGUUACUAAAAGAAUAAAAAUUAUAAAAAAUAACAUGAGUUUCUGAUAGUUUUUAAACAAGGACUUUGAAUAUUGCUUAUUGAAGCUUAUUACAAGAAUAUAUAUAAAUAAAUAUAUAUAAUAAUUAAAAAUAUAUAAAAAUUUAUCUCUGUGUAGUGUGUUGUUGUUCUAAGUGUUAGUGUCAGUGUUAGCGUUGUUAGUGGUGUUGCCUUCGGGUCGUCGCUCGCGAGGGCUAACUCCCCAACUAACAGUCGCUCUUCGUCCUUGCUGCCGUCUAGAGCUAUUGCUUUUGAUUUAGCCUUAGGUCCUGGCGUCCUGUCCCGGCCUCCCCUCCCAUUGUUCGAGUGUGCGUGUUAAUAAAGGCAUUGUAAUGAGUGCGCCGUGCUAAUCGUUAUGCAAGCGCGCCUGCUUCGAUUUCGAGCCUCAGCGAAAUGUCUCUAAAGCGUUAUGCAACUCUCCUGGCGGCCUUCGGUCAGAAUCACACAAUCCCGGCCACCACCACCUCAACAACAAUAUCAUCGCUACUCGCAACGGCAGCGGAUAUUUCAACAUCAUCGGCCGAGGAGCCGGAGCAGUCCCAGGAGCAUGGCUCCAGCUCUAGCUCCGGCUCAUCGGCAUCUUCAUCCUCGAUAUCCACAUACACCACCUACUACAGCAGCGGCCUGGGGCUCUAUCAUCAGCAGCGCGGCGGUUCAGGAUCUGUCAGCUCUGGUGGCAUCGGCGGCGGAGGAGGACCUGGUGGACCCCAGACAUAUGCAAAUGUUGUCAACGGGAAUGUGAAUCUGCUGCUCGGCGGGGCCAUGCUCACCCUGGUGACAACCAUAUUGUGUGUGGUCUGCUAUUGUUGUCAUCGUAACAUCAAAAAGCGAACCGAGGCCGCCUACAGGCAGCAGCAGCACCAGUGGCUGGAAGGCGAUCCCAACAUGGAAAUAUACAGCGUCGAGCAGUGCUAUGAAACAUCUGGCCUAUUCCUGGGCGACUCCACCGAUGGCCUGUCCGUUGUGCCGACUCUGCACCAUGAACCGCCGCCCUCGUACGACGCCGUGGUGCUCCACGAGCAACAGCUCCACCAGCAGCAACUGGAGCAACAGCACCAGCAGCAACAGUUGCAGCUGCAACUGCAACAGCAACAGCUUCUGAUGCAGCGCGUCUCCCCGCCGCCCGGCUACCGAUCCACCCUGGACAUCAGCAAUCAGAAUGGGGCAAGCGGCAGCCGGGGCACGCCCGACGGCAGCGUGGAUGCCAUGGCCAGUGGCAGCACUGGAGGAUCGGGACCUGGUCUGCUGGUUAACAAGCAGCUGCAGCUGGCGUUGAAUGCCCAAUCGUGCUGCUCGUUGCAGCGGGCGGAAGUGGAGAGCAUGUGGAAUGCAGCAGCGGCGGCGGUGGCAGCUCGCAGCGGAAAUUGCCUGGAAAUGGAGGUGUUACAGCCGCCACCCUCCCUUCCGCUGGCCCUGCAGGCCCGCAAGCCGGCCCAGAACUUGCGGCUAAACACCUUCGGGCGCCGAUACCUGCAACAGAAUCACCAGCACAGCGCCAAUCACUAUCGGAGGGGCUGUCCGCUGUGCGGCAAGUUCCGCUACGAAGCCGAAGCGGAAGAUGAACCGCUGACCGCUUUGUCCGUGGAGAGCGGCCUCAACAUGGGCAGGAGGGAGGAGCGGCUGGAGCCCGAGGAACUUGAGGAUCCAGAGGCUUUGUGUCCAUGUCCCGGCGACAGCGAAAAUGGCAACACCAUUGCUCCUGACGUUACCGCACUGCAGGAUGCGGCCAACGGCAAUGUCCAGGCCGCAAUUGUGGAAUCAAGCCCGCCAGCAGAGCCCAUCAGCGCUGUCAACGACGAAAAUGACAACGCUGCAACAUCGGGCACACCAGCGGCCACAUCCACAUCCACAUCCAGUGGCAGGCAUAGAGGCGAGCUGAAGGACGAGCAGGAGAAUCUGGAACAGGCCACUGGCGGUAACCGAGAGGAGGUGGAGGAGGCCGACUUGAACACCAUUAACGAGAACGGCAUCAUCAGCCUGGACAUGAGCAAAAUCAUUGACAGAUCAGGGCUGCCCACAUACGAGGGAGCCAUCAAGCUGGAGUCCAGCGGUUAUGUGUGAGCCUAAUGAGGACUAGUCAGAUUCUCUAAACCCAAAACCGAAACCACAAGUGUGCUUUAACUACGAUUAAGAUGUGUGAACAAUGACUUGAGUUAUGUUAUCUCGGAAGUUGCAAUAAAAACACCCAUAACACUAAAUAUUUAGGUUUUAAGAGUGCAGUUUUAUGCAGUAGAAUCUCUGCUAUCUAGACACAAUAAUUUUAAUGUUUAAAUGUUUAGAGCUAAGCCCAUGCAUAUCCGCUCGUACUCAAAUAAAAUCAAAAGUUGUAAUCGAAAUUAACAAGCGACCUGAAUCGGGAGACCUUCGCCUUAAUAUGCAUAAUGCUCCGUCAUACGCAAUCCGAUUGAUUUUGUAUUAAACGUUGAGUGAAAAACUCGAGAGGCGAUAACAGAACGAAACCAGAGCAAAGAAUGGCAUGCGAACAAAUCGUCAAAGACAGCGGUUAACAAGCGGCAAAAAAAAUGCCACCCCAUGCCACCCACUCGUACACCCACACAACCACCCUCUGGUAUGCCGCUUUUCUUUUUUUAUCCUUCUGCUCCGCAUUUACCUCAGACACAGACGGCAGUUGUGUCUCUCUGUCUGGAUGAUUUGCAUCCGCAGAGUGAGGCGGGCGUUGAGGAAGAGGUGUCACCAUGUCGGCUACUUGAUACUCUAGGAUAUUCUUUUUCAAGAUAAUUUGAUUGUUAUUCUUUGCUUUUCUUUAAAAUAAUAAAAUAUUUACAAGGUAAAUAUUAAGAGAGUAAAUAUCAAGUAGAAACCACAUAUCAAGUAUACGCACUGUUCAUCAGUUCAACACUCAUCAAGUAUACGCACCGUUGCCCAUAUUAUGUUAGUUACUUGCAACUCUACUAUUAAUAAUUUAGAUAAUUUAUAUAUUUCUUAUGAUUUCUUAUGAUAUGAAAUAUAUUUACAAGUAAUAAGAAAAUAUCAAGUAUACGCCACUUAAACACUCAUCAAGUAUACGCACCGUUGCCCAUAUUCGAACAACUUUCAUUCAACUCUCGCUGUAAGGGCAUUCGAAAACAAAUCGUUUAUAACAGUUGGGGGUUUGUUUGUGUGGUCAAGCGAUGGCAAGCCGGAGAAAGAGAUCUCUUGUGUUUUUGUGCCACCAUUCUGUUGCCCUCGUGCCACAUUGAAAUGGUAACAAGAAACUUGUUAGUUUCUCUCAUCAUUGUGCACAAUUUCAUUUGACAGCAGGCCACGGAAGAGGGUACAUUUAAGCGUUUAUGCAACCUUGAAUUGCUGAAAAGGGGCUGGCCAUUAUGCAUGCAUCGGUUGUGAAAAUCCUUAAUCCACCAGGUAACACAUACUAUAUUAUUUGAACCACUUUAGAUCACAUCCUCCCCCCACUUGUUUAUAGAUUUUUGAGAAUUUUUGAGAGACAAAAUGUAUGAUUUCAUUUAACACUCAUACCGUCGUGCCAACAACAUUUGAUGAUCCGUUCGAUGAAAUUCGUUCACGUGAGGAGCGGCAAUAAAUAGAAUGAGUUUAAUUGCGGUUUAUUUAUGGCCAUGCCAGCAAUA